GUGCGGUAAGUCAUUCGCGUGCGCGCGCCCACACACACACACACACAGAGACGGUUUCCCUCGUGCUCCCCUGACUGCACACACACGCACACACACACAGUCUUCUACAACACGCGCGUGCGACUCGUUUCUGCAUCCCUCCGUUAACUGCCCCGUCAUCACCCGUUACUCACGCCGUCAUUUCUCUUACGGCUUAAGAAAUACUUUUUUCUUUCUUUGCUUUCAGUUCCCUGAGGCUGUGCCUGUAUAAUUAGUGAGCACGAGACUUCUUGAGGAUUGGUGAAAAAGUACAGGAGAGUGGGAAAGAACUUCCUCUCUCACAGCAAACCUAGAUCAAAGGUCAAGUGUUUAAAGGUCAUGCUCUUAGUGUGAGCCAACAUGUUCCACACAUUCCCCAACAAAUCCAAGCCGCAUUCCCCAGUCUCACUGGAGAAGACCUAUUCACUCACGGCGCAUUAUGAUGACUUCCAAGAAGUGAAGUAUGGGAGCCGGUACAGCAGCAAUGGCAUGAGCUUGACACUGGGCGGGUCGCUAGAUCGUAGUGGGCGGUCCCGGGGUGGGACAGGAGGUGGGGCUGGUGGAAGUAAGUCCUCCAGUACUGAGAGAUGGAGUCGCCGUGAGAUCUGCCUGCUUUCUGCACUAGUCUUUGCCGGUGGCGUGUGCGUGAUCCUGGGCUGCAUGCUGGCGCUGAAGUUAGUCUGGCUGGACGCUCAGGACACUCACUGUGAGCGGGAGUGUGGGACAGUGCGGCGCUCGCUCCUGAGGGCUGCUCGCUUUGUCCAGGCCAACGUAGAUGCCAGCGUGGCACCUUGUCAUGACUUCUACAGCUUUGCAUGUGGUGGCUGGCUGCGACGACACGCCAUUCCUGAGGACAAACUCAGCUAUGGUGUCAUCACAGCCAUUGGGGAGCAGAACCAGGAAAAGCUACAGCGCCUGCUGGAGGAACCAGUCAGGAGGAAGGGCCCUAACAGUGCUGAGAGAAAGGUGAAGGAGUUUUAUCGUUCUUGUGUCAACAUCCAGGAAAUCGAUCGCCUCGGAGCCGAGCCCAUGAUGGAGGUGAUUGACAGCUGUGGUGGGUGGGACUUGGCUGGAGCGCCGUCUCGAGGGGCGGGUUGGGAAAGUGGCUCCGUCCAGACAAGACCUGACUUUAAUGAAAUGCUCUAUAGGACCCAGGGGGUGUACAGCACGGCCGUCUUCUUCUCACUCACUGUUAAUGUGGAUGAUAAAAACUCAUCACGCAAUGCCAUACGAAUUGAUCAGGAGGGUCUGACAUUGCCUGAGAGGACUCUGUACCUGGGUCAGGAUGAGGACAGUGUGAAGAUCCUGGCAGCCUACAAAGCGCUAAUGGAGCGGCUGCUGAGCAUGCUGGGCGCUCAUAACGCCACGGUAAAGUCCCGUGAGAUCCUGGACCUCGAGAUGAGACUGGCUAAUAUCACUGUGUCCGAAUUCGAGGAUCAGAGAAAAGAUAUCAGCAGCAUGUACAACCGCAUCACACUGAAACAGCUUCAACGCAUGGCUCCUGGUUUACACUGGAAGCGACUGCUGGAUAGAAUAUUCCAUGACAGUUUCUCAGAGGAAGAAGAGAUUGUGGUCCUGGCCACAGACUACAUGCACAAAGUCUCUGACAUCAUCAAGACCACGUCAAAAAGUGUUCUACAUAACUACAUGCUGUGGAGGAUUGUAGCAGCACUCAGCGAGCACUUAUCCACUGGGUUCCGAAGUACGAUCCAUGAGUUCUCACGUGAGAUUGACGGAACUGAGCGGCAGCUGGAGCUCAACCGCCUUUGUCUCAAUCAGGCCAACAAACACUUCGGCAUGGCACUGGGGGCACUCUUCGUCCAUACACACUUCUCGUCUCGCAGCAAGGCCAAGGUACAGGAGCUGGUGGAAGACAUAAAGCACUCGCUGGAUAUCAGACUGCAGGAGCUCGACUGGAUGGAUGAAGAAACCAAAGAGGCAGCGAGAGCUAAGCUCAAGUAUAUGAUGGUGAUGACAGGUUAUCCAGACUUCCUGUUAAAGCCAGAGCUCAUUGAUCAGGAAUACGGGUUUGAAGUGACCGAGAAGACGUACUUCAAAAACAUCCUGAACAGCAUCAAGUACAACAUCAACCUGUCCAUCAACAAGAUCCACAAGGAAGUGGACAAGACUACGUGGCUUCUUCCACCCCAGGCACUCAAUGCUUACUAUCUUCCAAACAAGAACCAGAUGGUUUUCCCAGCAGGAAUUCUCCAGCCGACUCUGUAUGAUCCAGAAUUCCCACAGUCUUUAAAUUAUGGUGGAAUUGGAGCAAUCAUUGGACAUGAGCUAACACAUGGAUAUGAUGACUGGGGUGGUCAGUAUGAUCGCUAUGGUAACCUGAAGCAGUGGUGGACCGAGGAAUCUUACAGAAAGUUCCAGAAGAAAGCAGAGUGUAUCAUCAAACUGUAUGACAACUUCACCGUCUACAGCCAGAGGGUAAACGGGCGUCUCACGCUGGGGGAGAACAUCGCUGAUCUUGGGGGGCUGAAACUCUCUUACUACGCGUAUCAGAAGUGGGUGAGGGAUCAUGGUCCAGAGCGGCCGCUACCAGGCCUCAAAUACACACACGAGCAGCUGUUCUUUAUUGCCUUCGCCCAGAACUGGUGCAUGAAGAGGCGGUCUCAGUCCAUAUACCUUCAACUGCUGACAGACAAACACGCCCCUGAACACUACAGGGUUAUCGGCAGUGUGUCUCAGUUUGAUGAGUUUGGUCGUGUGUUUCACUGCCCAAAAGGAUCUCCUAUGCAUCCUGUCAACAAGUGCUCUGUGUGGUAACCUUAUGACCUUCAUCACUGGCCUUUGACCUCUCACCAUUCAUCAUCCAUCCUCUCUCUCUGUCCUUAGUGGAUCCUGAAAUCACCCUCACACAGGCAGAGCAAAACAGAAAUGUUUCAGAGUGCUGCUAUGAGCUUAAUGUGUUCAUUUUAUCAUAAAUUUAACAUAGUUGUUAUGGUCACAGUAUAUGUCUUAUAUGAACACUUAGCAUGAACCCUUGGGUCAAUCAGUUCAGUCAAGAGUAUUGAAACAGCGUCCGUGCACAAACAUAUUGGAUUGCAAACUAGUUAGCUUACUGACUAGCAUGCUACCUAGCUAGCAUAAUCAAUUUUACUGCCCACUUUGAGCAAAUGUAUUUUUAAAAUAAUUUUAAUUUUAAAAUAUUAUAUAUUUUUCCCCUAUUUACAUGAACAUCUCCAUCCACCAUGAAAAUAAAAACACGCAAUGCCUUCUGGGUAUGUCCUGAAAUCAAGAGUGAAAAAAAUUGUCAAGUUUACAUUAAAGUUUACAUCAAAAUUUUAUGUCAAACGGAUGAGCAUCUUCCAUCUCAAUUUGACAAAAACAGGAGUCAAGUGAACUUUUAUCAAUAAAC